CAUCAGGACCAGCCCGAGCAUCCUCCAGAGAGGGAUACGGGCGUCAGGCAGGGGGAGGCGGCGCCUGGAACAUCCCUGCUGCUGGGAAGGGCAGACUCCUCCCCGACCCCUUGGAGUUCCGGCCUCUGGUUCCCGAAUCGUUUCCAGGACCUCCUCUGGACCCCCUGCGUUUCUGGACCCUCCUCUUUUGGGAACUGUACUUCCGACGGCUUCUGGGACCCCUCGACUUCCCCUGGGUGACGUUGGCACUCCGGGGUCGGCUCCCCGUGCCCGGCCAGGCCGCUGCCCGCCUUCUGCCUCACCCACCCCUUGCCCCCGCCAUCCCGUUUGGGUUUCUUGCUGCAGAGCCUGGCUGAGCUGCCAGCGGUUCGUUUAGAGACCUCUGGGGGGUUGGGGGAGAGAGUCCGGACAUCUUCUCCUUCCCCUGUCUGUCUGCCAGCGCCGGAAAGGGCCAUCGCAGGAUGUGGCGGGCAUCCACGCCAGGAGCGCCGCCGCCAUCUGGGAAUCCAUCACCUGUCCGGGAAUCACUUCGUAUUUCUACUUCGUCAGAUUGGACCAUCGGCCGCUCAGUGAUGUCGCUGUGAUUCCCUUCCCCCUCCAGCUACAUGGGAACAAACCUCGAGCAAACUUGGCUCUGCGAAUGCGCCACCCCUGCACCCGGUUCCUCGAUUCCUGGCAGCAGUGCUGAGCCCGGCAGUGGAGAAGGGUAGGGAAUCCGGGUCCAACUGCUCUAUCCCUUACUCCAGCAUCGGUCCAAAGUCCGGGAGCCGAAGCACACAGCCCAUCGCCGAGAUAAUUCAACGCACAUCAGCGAAUGCUUUUUUGACCGGGCCGCUUCGUCCUGGGCCUGGCUGCCCAAAGGGUGGAUUUGUGGACAAGGUUUUAUUGUCUGCUUUCACAGUUCUGCACAUGGAAUGUGGAAAGGGUCGCACUGCAGGGGUGGCGUGCGAUUCCUGUCUUUUGAGCUCGCUGAGGCUGCGUCCUCACGUUUGACUCCGGGGGAGUUCUGACGGGUUCCCCGCGACCGCUCUUUGGGGGUGUGGAGACGGAACGUUAGGGUGCUGUUUUAGUUUCUAGAUUUUGGGGCUACCCUGAUGCAAAGGGUUGAUGGGUCACAGCCCGGACCGCGGGUCUCCGGGCAGACGAAGCCCGUCGGCUUUUUGGACAGGUCAUCAGCGAAACCACUCCUUUGGAAGUUAAUUUCUGCAGGGCCCUGGGGCUCAAACAUGCCCGGAUAAGGCCCCAACUUUCUCACCUGGGAUACUUCGCGCUCCCUGUCCCAGCCAUGCACAGACUGGCUGGGAUUACUCAGGAAAGAAAAACUCUGCACACGCUCAGAGAGGUGCCUCCCAGGGCGAAACUGUGGACCGUCCAGUGAAAAAAAUCCGAGUUCUCGCAAAGAUUACGUCUUCCAGGGCAAUAGCUGUGGACUGUGCGGUACAAAACCCAACUUCUCAGGAUGUACCUGAACUUAGCACCUGAACUUAGACGGGGCCAACGAGCCAAGAUUUUUCAUUGUGCGGAGCAGAAGUAAACGAAUCAAAUGUUUGGUUCUUUGCCUCGAUUGGAGCCCGGCCGGAGCUGAGCUCUGCCUUCAGAGCGGGGGGUCUGCCGGAUCCUCUUCUUCUCCAGAACUGAACCUGUCCCGCUGGCUCUUCUCGGGGCCGGUCUUGCCUCCCUUUCCCGGGGCAACGUCAUGCCCUCGCGAAGCGACUCCAGCUACUCCCUGACUGGCCACACCUCGCACAGCUUUACCCACCUGCGGGUCCAGCGCGCCUGGCUGCAGGCCAUUCUUCUCUUGGGGUUCAUCCAGAUGGUCUUGGGGGUCCUCAUCGUCACCUUCAGCCUCCUGGUGACCACCAUCGUCCCUGGGCAAAGCAUCCGCAAUUCUUGCCCCAUCUGGGCUGGCUUUCCGUUGGCUUUCUCUGGUCUUGUUGGCAUCGUUUCCUGGCGGCGACCUUUCACUCCAGUGAUCACCUUUUUCACUCUUCUGUCAGUCCUGGGCAUCAUGCUAAGCCUGGCCGGCUCCGUCCUCUCCUGCCAAAAUGCCCAGAUGAUCAGAUCCUUGGAUCCUUCUUGUCAACUGCCUUCCUCGGUGGUCAAAGGACACCCCAGUAGCCAACGAGGCACGAAUGCCACACAAGGAGUGCCGGAAACGAAGCGCAAGUCGCUAGAACGAGUGGAAAUUGACUCUCUGUGCAAAUUGUCCAUGCCAGGAAAGAGAGACAGAUUGCUGACAUCCCGCAACAAGUUGCCAACAGGCAAACGGGUGACCUCCCAACGCUGA